AUGAAUGCCAAUUAUUAUCGAUCACUGCUCAUGCCGGAGAAUGAAGUGAACAUGCAGAAUGGGGAAAAAUAUUUGCGAGAAUUGAAUCUGAUAUUUCCUGACAGAGCCGUUCCGCACCAGGGGUCGGUAGCCGCGGGAAAUAUAUUUCCACCCUUGCAUGUUUGUAUUGUAACAUCGCGAGGGACAAAAAGGGAUAAAUUUUACGUUAUAAGCUCAACCGAUCUAAAGAAAUUUCUAAGGAAGCUACGCCACGACGAUGCGCGAGCUUUUAUUUUAUCCGCUGACAGUAAGGGUAGCACGACCCUCGAAAUUGUGGGGGGAAGUUUAGCCAUUCGAGGUUGGAUCCCCAUAUAUCAAAUAUUUCCCGUCACUGAAUUUUUUGCCAACGAAGAGGUUAACUUGGAACCGAAAUCACAAACGAUGGAGAAGAACGCUAACACGAGUGUAAAACACCAGAAAAGAGGUCCACAAUCAUUUAAGCAGGCGGAAGAAGUCGGACUUAUCGGCAGCAGAAUCUGGACCCCACCGGAAUUGACGAUACUAUUGCACGAGUAUAAAAAACGGGAGUUCCUUUACGACAUGAAGAACGUAAACUACCGCAACAAGUUCGCGCGUGAACAGGCCCUCAAGGAAAUCGCGGAUAUUUUAUGCAAAGUAAGACCUCAAACGACCGCGAUGGACGUCAAAUUGAAAUUCAACAUUUUGAGGACUCAGUAUCACGCCGAGUUGUCGAAAGAGAAAAAAUGCGCCGAAAGUGGAAAGUUUCACUUAUCGACCCUUUGGUUCAUGGAUCACAUAAAAUUUGUGAGAGGUCACAACCGUCGUGAAAUAUACGGCAGACGUGAAACCGAAUCGUCGUCGGAGAACAAAAGUUUCGAGCCACUGUCUCAGGUCAAUUACGAGGAUCAAGCCAGUCUGUCCGAAGAUUGCUUCGUUGAAAAUGACGAGAAGUACGAUGAGUUUGAGGACAAGGAGGCCAAUACGGAGGAUCCGUUGUCCACGGUGAAAAAACGGCCAACCCCAUCGGACGUUAAAACGGAAAUGGUGUUUCUGGACACGGAAAGUGAGAUGACGUCCGAUUUUCCCGACGACAAAGAGGACGAGGACGACGGAUCUAGUCUGCCGGUUAUCAGCUCGGCGACGUCGACCUUGCACCAAAAGAGAAGCGGGAAAACGGACGAGGAAGGUGAAAAACCCCGGAAGGCCGAGAGCUCGAAUGAAGUCGCCAAGGAAAUUCCGGUUCGGACUUCCGAGGAGGAUCUAUUCGGCCAAAUUGUUGCGAAAAAAUUAAAGAAGAUAACCAACCCGAGAAAACGAGCCGACGCUGAGCUCAAAAUAUUUAGCAUUUUACACUCGGCUUUCAUCGAUGAGCUCGAUACGUGAAUAAAUUUUUUUUUCUUUUCAAGUAACUAU